UGUCGGUAAAUCAGUGAGUUUCUUUAACGUCAGUUUGACAUUUUUUUUUCAUUAGGAAAUGUUUUUAUUAAUAACUAGUUCAAAGUUUAACUUUUUGUGACUUUUUCCUCAAAUUACUUUAUUUACGUAAUAACCCUGAGUGAUAAUGGCCACCUUGACGCGCCAGUUGGCCAAUUCCAUAAAAUUGCAACUUAACCUCAACUUUCGCCGGUACAACAGCACCGCAACUAAACUCGUCUACGCCGAGCAUGGGGACCCCAUUAAAGUCGUCCACAAAGCAAGCGAACCCAUCCCCGAGCCUAAAGACGACGAAGUCAUCGUUAAAAUGCUUGCAGCUCCUGUAAAUCCUGCUGAUAUAAACACAAUCCAGGGAAAGUACCCUUCUCGGCCCCCUUUACCCGCAGUUCCUGGAAAUGAGGGUGUUGGAGAAGUGGUCUGUGUUGGAAAAGGCGUGAAUGAUCUUAAGGAGGGUGAUCGUGUUGUGCCUCUUGUCAACGCUUUGGGUACAUGGAGGACACACACUGUUGUCUCUAAGAACAACCUGCUGAAGGUUCCUAAGAAAUUGGGGCUAGUGGAGGCGGCGACCCUCACAGUUAACCCCUGCACGGCUUAUCGAAUGCUCCGCGAUUUCGUUGAUCUCAAACCUGGAGACACUGUUAUCCAAAAUGGGGCCAAUUCCGCCUGUGGACAAAACGUGAUUCAAAUUUGCCGCGCAUGGGGCAUCAGGAGCGUAAAUAUAGUGAGAGACAGGGCUGGUAUCGACGAAUUGCGUUGUUUCUUGCAAAAUCUGGGGGCCAAUCAUGUUCUUACCGAAGAGGAAUUGAGAAAAACCGAGAUUUUUAAAAGCAGACAGCUUGAGAAGCCGAAAUUAGCGCUGAAUUGUGUCGGGGGGCAAAACGCUUUGGAGGUCAUGAGGCAUUUGGAGAAAGGAGGGACCAUGGUGACAUAUGGGGGCAUGUCGAGGGAGCCAGUGACGGUCCCCACCUCUGCUCUUAUUUUCAAAGAUUUGAGAAUUAGGGGGUUUUGGAUGACUGAUUGGACGAAACAAAAUGCCGAUAGUGUUGACCGAUUUGAAAUGUUUGAAGAGUUGAUUUCCAUGAUGACCACAAAUGAAUUGCAAGGGCCGGCCUUUAAAAUGGUCGAUUUUGAACAGUACAAAGAGGCCUUGAUGAACACCAUGACCAUCAAGGGAAUGAUCGGCAAAAAAUACAUCUUGGAGUUUAAAUAAAUUGUUUUGUUUGUUGUUGUUAGAUUAAUAAGGAUUUCAAAGAACCAAAUAAAGAAAUAUUUAUCAGUUUCA